GAGGACGCUGCCGACGCGGAUGCGGGGGACGCAGGACAGCCCCUGCUGGGAGAUGGCGCCUCGAAGUCCCAGCUGGGUGCCGCGCGCAGACGACUCCAGGGGAGCUGGCGUCGCAGAAGAGAGCGCACGCACUUUCGGGAGUCCGCGCGAAUUUCCUGGACCGGCGCCCGGCCCGCGCAGCGCGAGGGGGGCGGUGCCCGAGGCGCCGGCGAGUGGGGUCCCAGCGCCGAGUCCAGAGAUCCGCGCGGACCUCGGAAAGCUGAUGUUUACCAUCGCGUUCCCUUCUUAAGAUCCCCAGGGGGGCUGGACGAGCCUGAGGAGGACGAGGAGGAGGAGGAAGAGGAAGAGGAGGAGGGCACGAUCAGGCCGCAGGUCCAGCUCAUUCGCCCAGCGAUCGGGCGCGGGUUGGGCCUUCGGCCCCAGCUGGUCGGCGGGGUGGCCCGCGCUUGGUGCUGGAUCGGGCUGGCUGGGCCGGCAGCAGGCUUCGGGCAGGGCCUCGCCGCCGGCGCGCCCUCGCCCUCGGCGGGGGGGCCUGCGGAAGGCCAGGCGAAGCGGGCGGGAGUACCACGGCGGCGGGCCCGCUGGCGGACGGCGGGAGCAGGGCCAGCGGAAGACGUCGGGGCCCUGAGGCGGGGGUCCACGCCAACGGGGGUGAGUCAGAGCGGGAUCCUGCAGGGCCAGGGCAGCAUUGAUCCGGGCUUGGGUGCAGGAUCCUGCAGAGCCCGACUGACCUGGGUUUGGGCUUGGCCAGGGUCAGUAGAUUCCCGAAGGCGGCUGACUCAAAUGAGACGUCAGCAUUUGUGGGUCCAGGGCCUCCAGAACCGACCAGAAGGGUCGGGGGGAUGCCUCUGAGGUGCCAUGGUCCUAGUGGAGGCCAUGCAGCUCAAGUACUUCGCGAGCUACCCCUGCGAGCCUGGUGGUUGGAAAGCGUACGUGCGGCAUCAUACGAUCUCGCAAUGGGCGUACGUUGCCGUGGCCUGCCUCCUCGUACUGAGCGUUUUCGAGGUUCCUGCGUGGUGCUCCUCGUCGGUAUGGGACUGGAGGCCAUUGAACGAGCGGUGCGUCAUGCACAGCUCCGCGCAGAGAGAGCUUGUCGUGAGCGGCGUGCCCGUCCUCCCGAUCGGCUGCGGUCUGGCGGUGGAGUACGUGAUGUACGCCAUCCUUGCAACGAAGCAAUGCACGCUGUGGAAGCUGCAAAGCCUCUUCAGGCAGCAGGGUGCCGACUACUGUAAUCCGUCAUGGUUGCUUUUUGAAGGGCUGAUGGUGUUGAUUGGCAUCCUGGACCUCGUGGUAGCCACGUUUUGUCAUGGAGUCGCCUUUCGGGCUGCGCCGUUCGUGCGCUGUGGCUUGGCGGCGUCAAGCCCUCUCGUUCAACACCUCGUAGAGACAUUCUACGAGAUCCUACUUGCAAUCAGCAAGGUCGGUCUGUUCCUGUCAGGCACGAUUGUGGUUUUUGCGUGGGCUGCUGCUCUGCUGUUCAAUGAUAUUACUGAGCGCGUCAGCGCGGGCCCUGUAAACACUGGCUUCGCAACCUUUAGCGACGCUUUGUAUACCUCGUUCGUGGCUGGUACUACGGCCAAUCUGCCAGACGCGAUGGUGCCCACGUACGAGUACUUCAGGGUCAAUGCGCUGCUGUGGUUAGUAUUUCUAAUUUUCGCAGUCGUGAUAUUCUUACAGGUGGUUCUUGCGGUCGUGUACAAUCAGUACACCGAUGUGAAGACUCGAUCGCUCAAGGAAGACUAUGGCAACAGGGACAAGGGCAUCGACCAAGCAUUCGAGCUGCUCAAGAUCGAACAAUAUAGUGCCAACCCCAAUGAGCCCGCGGAAGCCGUCGUGCCGUACAACGUGUUCGAGGAGGUCGUGUUGUGCAUGAAAAGUUGCGACAGGAGUUUAAACAUGGAAGCCAGUACGCUGAGGUUCGUCUACGACGCCCUCGACGACGACGAAAACGGCGUCGUCACCUACAAGGAGUUUACAGAGAUGUGCGAUGAUGAGAGCGAGUUGGAGAAGCAGGAGCAGGAGCAGGAGCAGGAUCACCCAUUCGAGGACACGUGGCUCAUGAAGAGUAUCGGGCGCUUAGUGACCAACCGCAAGGACGGGCCCGACCUCGGCUACAUGGACAGGUCUCGUUUGGACAUCCUCUCGCAGGGGAUCCUGGGCACGAACGUCCUGUUCAUAGUGAUGGAGUCCGUUUACGAUCUUCACAACAUUCCCGAGCCCACAUAUUUCAACUACGUGGAGAACGCGUUCUCCGUCGUGUACCUCCUCGACGUCGGGCUGAAGCUCUGCUGGUGGUCUCUCCCCGAGUUCUGGCACCACACCGACAACCAGGUGGACCUCGUGACGACACUGCUGCUCGCGGGCGCGGGGAUCGGUGUGAUGUUUUUGAGCGUGGACCGCUCCCUCUUGCGGCCCCUGAACAUGCUGAGGAUGGUCCGCCUCUUCAAAGCGCUCGCGCAGGUGGAAGCGUUCAAGGAAACGUGUGGGAUCAUUGCCAGGAUGGUCGCCACUUGUAAGGACGUGCUGCUGAUGAAUGUCCUGGUGAUCUACCUGUGGAGCUCCUGUGGGGUUCUUCUGUUCGGCGGUGAGCUGUACAGCGAGAAUCCUCGGUUCGAGGCUGCUGGAGUAGAUGCGCAGGACCUGGACUAUUUCAGUUCGCAUUUCCAGGUCUACAGUUUCAACGAUGUGCCACUGAGUUUUGUCACCCUAUUCUUCUUCACGAUCUGUGGCUGGGUCGACCAAGUGGUUGUCGCGUGCUUGUCCCUGUCGCCCUCGUGGACCCCAUACUGGGCUGCAACGCACUUCUUCAUGGUGUCGUUUUACAUCGCGUCACCCCUCAUUACUUUCAAUCUGCUCUCAGCAUUCGCCAUCGACGUGUACUGCAAGCUGGAGGAGUACGCCGAGUCUGAGUCCAAGGGUGAGAGCUCUGAGGUCUACCAGAACAUCAAGGACAUUCAGGAGGAUAUGUCGAAGCAGGGUCUCUGCCUGCACGUCGCGAUGUCUGCAGCACUGAAGCGGGCUCAAGUCUACAGGGACAUGUUCCCACAGGACGGCGAGGAUGAGAAGGAGGCGGGGCAGAAGGACGGCGACGGGGGCGACGAAGCGGGGUCGGAGCAGGAGAAGGCGAAGCUUGCCUUGGGGCGGCCUCCCGCGGCGAAGGCUAUAGCGGCCGACAGCUUGGACGGCGACUGGCGCACUGGCAGCAGCGAAAGGGUUCGCAUACGCAGGUCCAAGGCCAGAUUUUCGAAGGAGUCAUGGGCUCUGCGUGUACGAGGCAGCGACAGCAUCACCGCCAUCGCAGCAGAAGGAGAGAAAUACGAAGCGACGCUCGUGAACGGCGAGUUGCACUGGGACGACGACGACGUUUGGGUGCGGGACGACCAGGCAAGAGGCUCCUCCGACGAGGAGGACGAUGGCGAUCGCAGGGACUGCACUGGCGACUGCAGCCUCAUGUGACGAGCGGGGCGCUCCAGGCGCCUGGGCCGGAACCCAUGAGCCAAGGCCUCUGUUUCUCCUGUCCUUCUCGGGCCAGCAAGUCAGCAUGUGGCCUGAGACUUACCCACAUUCAAACAGUGACCCAAGACCACGGUUCGCGGCAUGCUGGCUCGAGGAGCCCCGCAGGGGUCGCCAAAAGGCGCCAGGGGCGUCUCCAGAGGCGCCCAAGGAGCCCCUGGAACGCUUUCGCGAGGUUUUCCAGAAGCUCGCCUCGGAGGAGCCUGCGCAAAC